AAUGUUCUGCGAUAAGAAUGAUCCGGCAACACCUGUAAAAGAGCGAUAUAACACAUUAGCACCAAAUAUACACAAUAAAUUGUGCAACUAUAAAAGUGCUUGGGAAGUGAUGCGACGACACGAAGAUUUCAAAACUGCAGUUCCACUGCCAAGAUCAACAGAUACGACACCAACAUUUGAGUUUGUCCAAGAAGACUCAAAAUAUCGUGUAUUUGUCCUUGAUGUAACUGGAAGCAUGGAGGGGAGUAAACUCGAGACACUGUCACAGACAGCACAGUAUGUCAUUCAAGACCUGGUUCCAAUGGGAAGUUGGCUUGCCAUAAUUACUUUCAGCGAUGACGCUAACGUUGUGAAAGAUCUAACAGAGAUUAAAUCGCAGUAUGUCCGUGAUGAAUUGAAAGCUGUCAUUCCGACCUGCGCCUAUUGAAAAACAUGUAUUGGCUGUGGAAUUGAAGAAGCCAUUAGGAUUUUGAAAAGUAAGCUUAGUGACGCAAGCAGUGGGGAGAUCUUUGUUAUUUCCGAUGGAAAAAACAAUGUUGACAAUAUUACUUAUUCAAAACAAAAAGCGGUCAGUGAAAAUGUCAUUGUUCAUACCAUUUCGGUUACGCAAGAUGCUGACAUUCUUCUUGCUGACAUUUCAAAAGAUACCGGAGGAAUGCAUUUCACAUACCUAGAAACUGGAAGCGUUAGUUUCAUUGCUGUAUUUGGCGAAUUAAUAACAAAUGACGUCACCUCGUACUCCAGUCAUUCUGCUGUGCUGGCUUCCGAAAGGAUAACUACAAAUCCAUCUAACAUUUUAAAUUUUGGCUUUUCGAUAGAAAAUGAUUUAGGAAAAGACACAUCUGUUACCGUUUUAUUGCAAAGUCUUAACAGUAGUAGUAUGCAGCUUCGUAUCUCUGGUCCUAACAAUUACAUCGAGGCUUUGAAUACAACCGAAAAAACAGCAACUAUAAUGAUACCAGGAAUCGCUCAGGCUGGUGACUACGAAAUGACAAUUACAAUGGAAAGGGGUGGACAAUCGGUUGAGUACUUGGUAAAGUCAACACCAACGAAUUAUGAUAUUUUAAAGAUUUCCGCCACACUUUCAGCCACGAAAAUUGAUUUCUCUUCUGGAGAGAUACCCAUCAUUUUUGCAGAAAUAACUAAAGGCUUUUCGUCGGUGCUUAAUGUCAACGUAACUGCCCGAGUUGAAACAGCCAAUGGUAGCCGGGCAUGCGAUAUAUCUCUGUAUGGUAAAGGAAUGGACCCAGAUGGCAUUGAUAAUGACGGAAUUUACUCCGGGUAUAUAUUACCACAUUGUUUAUACGAAGGACGUGUAAAUACCAAAGUAUAUGACAAAUCAGAGGUCUAUGAAGAUGCUUUUCAACGCGUUAAGGUAUUGGAAGAUUUGUACAUCAAAAAUUAUGUUGACCCGGAUCAAAAUGAUACAGUUCCCCCUGGAAGAAUUCUUGAUGUUGAUAUACACCACAUCGUAAAACAGAACAGUCCGUCUGGUGAGAGUAGAAACUUUACUAUUUCUUGGACAGCCACGGGUGAUGACAAAAAUGUCGGUCAAGCCUCAGCCUACAUCCUUAGGAUUUCCGAUGACUUCGAAACACUUCUUAAUGAUUUUGAUUCUGCUGUGUUACUUGAUAUGAAAAAUAUUAGUUUGAGUCCGCAAACAUCUAGUCGGAAGGAAGCAUUGAAAAUUGUUGUUGAUGCUGAGCAGUCGUAUACUGGCACGACAUUCUUUGCUCUAAAGGCCGUUGAUGAAGCAGGAAAUGUUCGAGAGAUAUCAAACAUUUUAUCUAUAGUUGUUGCAAAGGGUUACCGUGCGUUUGGAGAACGUGGCUCUUUUGAUGACGAUGUAAAAGCAAAAGAGGAAGACAAUAUGAUGAUAUAUGUUAUUAUUGGAGCUUUAGGAGGAGGACUUGCUCUUCUGCUGAUAUUCAUUACAAUACUGUUGUGCAGAAAGCGACAAUUUAAGAAGGCCGAUGACACCAACAUUCAUAUGGGAAGGAUUUGAGCAAGAGUGACAGUUACAUACUUGGAAUAGUCAAGUGAAUGAGUAACAAUGUACACGCUGUAGAAAAUAUUUUGAAAACAAGCAAACUAUAUAUAGGUCUUGAAAACAUACUCGUGACUUAUCUUCUAAUCUUGAUGUUUUAAACAGGAACAUAAACACGUCAUAGUGUUAUUUAAACAACGCAAUGAUUUGUUUUGAACCGAUGAUGCAUUUCUUUACACAAUGGCUUUUCUGUGAGAACUAUGUUGUGAAUGACAUACAUGUACAUAUAUAAAUCACACACGUGAAUUGUUCAAUGAAAUACAAUUACCAAUUCAACGACUAAAACCAAUUGAAAAUCACUCUUUCAUGUAUCACACUUAUCAAAGGAUGGAAUUAUAAACUAAGGAAAACACGAAUAGCAUUUACCUAAAUUUCACAAAGAGAAACAACAGUUUUCUAAGAAUAACUUUAAUUUGAAGUAAAUGAUGUAGGUAUUUUUCUUCUUUUGUUCAUAGGAUAGAGUUAUAUCGUUAAGUUAAUACUCAUUACGUUUUUAUUUUUGAGAUUAAAAUUAUCGAGUCGAACUCAAGUUUAAUGUUUUGAAUUCUGAUAUGUUAUUACAGAAAUAUCAAUACUUUUCAAGAUUUUAGUACAAGAAGUGAUGCGUAAGAAGAAUGUAUUCGCCAUGUAUUUGCACAGUCUGUAUAUAUUGUUUUAUUUGUAUUGCUACCUGCGGCUGCUAAAUCUGAAAAAGAGUCUUAACACAUGUACUGUAGUACUGUAAAUGUAGAGUAAUGUUUAAGCACACUAACAUACAUAUAACGAAUCUUUAAACUUACAAAAAUUUAUUCCAAUGCAAGCAUUCUUCACAUGUUCCCAACAUUAUUGUUUUGUUCAUUGUGGAGACUGCAAAACGAUUACUUCCGCGUUAAGACAAUUUUACACCUGAAAGGUAUUGCUCGUUGUAUUAGAACUGUAAAACAAUCUUAAAUGGAAAUGCCUGGUGUAUGAUAUUGCAGAUUUCGUUGAUUUAAAACUUUAUGCACUUUUAAAUUUAAAUAAUUUUGAAAUUUAAGUUUAUGCGCAGGAAACCAUUUCUGUAAAAAUGAUUAUUUUUUUCUGGCAACACUAAAUCUGUGCUGAAAAUACCUUUUGUUGUGAAGCAGUAAUUUAAUAUUACAAUUUAAAUCAUUAUACAUGUAGUUGUUGAAAUUUUCAAUGUGGUGGUAAUGCAGUAGCACACUUUUCUGUCUUAAACUGCUGAAAAAUGCACUUGACUCAUCGGCCCUAUCGGCACCAGCCUGAGUAUUUUAGACGUGUUUAAAAUAGUUCGAGUUGGAAAUGGCUACUUUCAUUCACUUUGCUUGUAAGUACGAAAGUCAGAAAUGUAAAAUCAAAUUUGCUUAUGUUUACUUAUAUUUUGCGCUUUUUUGUUUUCGGGGUGACUCGAUUUUUAAAUAUUCAGUUCUUUUUGUAUCACACGUUUCAGGAAGGGCUAAAUGUAAUGUUGAUAGAACUUGUUGCUCAACCCAUUUCCUUUCGUAUUGUUGUAAUUCUAUGUAUCUUCUUGCAUGUAUAUAAAACACUUAAAUGUGGUUAAAUCAUUUUCAGGAUGUGUUAUCACCUUAAUAAUGUUAUAAAAUUCAAAGAUUUCCUUUAAUAUCUUUAUUUUUCUUUUGAAAACAAUACUAUUGAAUGUGAGAUCAACUAUUAGAAACUUUGCUCAGCGUAAAUUCGUCCAGUGUUAAAUUUGAAAUCUGCAGAAUUUGUAUGUAGCUAAAAAUGACAAAGGCUGUGCUAUUCGACAGUAUCUUAUCACUUCAUGACAAUUUCUAAAAGCAUAAAAUAGAAGACUUUAUUUCUAAUGUAAAUAAUACUUAAUUUUUGUUUCUAUUCAUUUUCUUAUCCUUAUGCUUUAUAGACUAGUUUUGAAUUGCUAAUAUUGUAUCCAGAUAAAAUAUAUGUAGUAAACAGACAUAACGUUCUUAUAUUU